AUCGCUUUACCAGCGGUGUGGGAUUAGCAUCAGCAUGCGAUACUCUGAUUUCACAGACAUUUGGCAGUGGCAAUGUGAGGAGGGUUGGGGUCAUUCUGCAGAGGGCCAUUCUGAUCUUGGCUCUGGGUGCUUUCAUAAGCUGGACCUUCCUCAUCAACACUGAGACCCUACUGCUGGCCAUCCGUCAGGAGCCACAAAUUGUGAAGGUGUCACAGGAGUAUGUGAAGAUAGUAAUGCUGGCCCUACCAGCCAUGUUUGCUUACCAACUGGAGACAAGGUAUCUUGAAAAUCAGGAAAUCAUGUGGCCUGUGGUCAUCAGUGGGCUGGUGGCGACGUCAAUCUGUGCACUUUCUAACUACGUGUUCCUGUUUGUCCUGGAUCUUGGUGUUUCGGGAGCAGCUGGGGCAAAUGUCAUUGCACUGUAUUCCGAUGCCAUUUUCCUGUACUGUUACACUGUUUGUAAAGGUCUUCAUAAGAAGACCUGGUCAGGUUGGUCCAAAGAGUGCUUUCAGGAGUGGGGAGUCUAUAUUCGCCUGGCCAUCCCCUUGAUGGUCAUGAUGAGUAUAGAGUGGUGGACCUUUGAGACUAUAGCCGUUCUCGCAGGAUGGAUAAGUGAAACAGAGUUGGGAACCCAGUCCAUCAUCUACGAGCUAUCAAAUCUUGCUUUUAUGUUUCCAUUUGGGUUCAGUAUUGCAGGCAGUGUGAAGGUGGGAAAUGCCCUAGGCGCUGGGCAGACGGAGAGAGCCAAGCGUUGUGCUGUAAUAUCCAUCAUCUGUGCAGCCUCAGUGGGCGUGUGCAUAGCUAUUAUCUAUGGGACAUCAAGGAAUGUAAUCGCCUAUAUCUUCACCUCUGAUGAAACGCUAAGGAAAAGAGUUGCACAAGUGAUGAGCAUUUAUGCUCCGCUCCACAUCAUGGAUGCAACACAGGCGGCAGCGGGCAGUAUCCUGAGAGGCAUGGGGAAGCAGAAGAUGGGGGCGCUCAUCAGUGCCCUGGGCUACUAUGGUCUCGCUUUCCCCAUCGGACUGUCACUUAUGUUUGCUGCAAAGCUUGGUGUUCUAGGUUUCUGGAUAGGCGUGUCCGCCUGUGUCGUUGUGCAGGGUUUGCUCUUCAUGACAUACCUCAUCAAACUGGACUGGAAGAAAGCCACAGAGGAGGCUUUGGAGAGAGCUGGGGUACAGGGCAAUCGCACGGAGGCAGAGCCCCUUCUGGAGCUGCAGGAUGUCCCUGGCUCUGCGGACGAAGAGGCAGAUGACACAGAUGACGAUGACAAUGACAAUGAUGAUACUCAUGUCCUGUUUGACGCUGCUAACACCGUAGCUGUCACCACUGUAGGGACACCCCUUACCAAGCGGCAGCUGGUGCUACGCCGAGGACUGGCAGUAGGGGUCACCCUCUCCAUCUUUUCGCUGGGAGUCAUUGCUCGUGUUCUGUAUCCCAGAGCUGGCAUGUAAGAGUCAGCUCUGUCAAGCGAAGAAUACAAAGCUUUUGUG